AUGUUUCUCUUUUCUCUCCUAAUUUUAUCCAAACAGGUUUCCACACAUAACUAUAGAGAACAGCUUGGAAAUGGAAAUUUUGAUUUUGUUGAUGUUGUUUUCGAUGACAUCACAUCAAGUGCAGAUGGUGGUGCGUUAUUUUUCUCUGGAAGCUCAGGAUCCUUAAAAAUGACUCGUAUUGAAUUCAAGAAUGUACAAAAUGGUAAUGCGGGUGGCACAAUUUACAUUAAUACAGGAAAUUCAUUCCCUUCAACAUUCAAUUCUGUUUGCGUUUAUAACUGCCGAACUUCUAACAAUGGCAACUUUGGAAUUUUCCAAAUGAAAUCAGAUGAUUCCCUCCAGUUCUACCUUUUGACCAUUGCAAGCAUUCCUCAAACGGGUUAUGGUACAUAUAACUCCCAAGAAAUACAAGUACAGAACUUCACAAACAUAAACAUCUCUAAAGUCAUCCAGAACAGCGGUGCAGUUUUCCAAAGCUCUACAAAAUUUAAUUUCAAAUAUGCAAACUUUGAGUUUUGCCAGAAGUCAUUGUUUAACGGUAUGAGUUCGAGCAGAUUCGAAUACUGUGACUUCAACAGAAACCAAUACUCAUCAACCACGAACAUGAUUCAAACAGGAAGCAGCAUUUACAUGCAAUGGUGCUUCUUCUUAUUGAACACUAACGCCCAACUUACACUCAAUGGCAGCCCAACAAUCAUUAGAGACUGCUAUUUUGAUACUUAUUCAGUUAUUGCUCCAAAUCUUCAGAAGACACGUGUAGGAACAUCGACCACAGUAUAUCCUACAAACUUCGAUAUCUUGAACCUUUAUAUCUGCUACAACUUACUUCCAUAUACCGGAACAAUGUCAUAUUUGGUCGAUGAAACACCAUUUAUGACUAUGCAGGAAACACCAGUUGUUACACCAUACAUCACUGCAGAACAGACACCAGUAACAACACCAUUUAAAACAGCUUUUAAUACUCCAUUUAAUACUGCACAUAAUACUCCAUUUAAUACAGCUGCUUCUACACCUCAUUUGACAGCCAAAGAGACACCGUUCAAUACUCCAUAUUUAACUGCCAAAGAAACUCCAUUUAAUACUCCAUAUUUAACUGCUAAAGAAACUCCAUUUAAUACUCCAUAUAAAACAGCACAUAAAACUAAUGGAGAAACACCAGCAGGAACACCACAUAUAACUCCAAGAGCAUCCCCUCUUACACCAGAGCCAACUCCAGAACCAACACCAGUGAGAACAUUUGAAAUGACACCAGUUCCUUCAGAAUCAAUUCCUGAAUCAGUUCCAACAGAAGAAACAACACCAACACCAACAAAGAGUCCUAAUGCAGGUGGUACAGAUAAUAACCAGGAAGGUAGCGGCUCAAAUAAAGCAGGUUUACCACCUUUGUCAUGGAUCGGAAUUGCAGCUUUGAUUGCAGCAGUUGUUGGUGCAGUCAUAUUCGCUAUUAUAUACUUCGUCAGGAAGCCAAGAAUAUUCGCAAAGAAGGUCGAAGCUCUUCCUGAAGGUUCAGAUGUUCAAUCUGAUAACACCGAUGAUAUGAAUGAUUUGUAUAAUGGAAAUGAAAAUAAGAAUGAGAAUGAACAAGAGGUUAGAGAUAUGAUGAAUCCUGAUAAUUAUCAAGAUAUUAACCUCGUUCAAGAUAAUAUUAACCCUACAGAUAACAAUGACGAUGUUUUACUUCCUAACCCUGAUUUAGGAAGUGAUGGAAAUGUAUUAAUUCAGUAA